GACAGAACUCGGCGUGUCGGUUUACUUCAGUUCAACAUUCAGCAACAUUAUUUUUUGAGACGACUUUUUAAACUUAAGCAAACCGGCUUUUAAAUACAUUUUUAAUUGAAACCCCCUCACUAAGUAAGAGUGCCAUGUCUAACGAGGACGACUCUCAAAUUCCGGCCAUCAUUUACGAUGCUGAAAACAAUAUAAGUUACAAAAAAGGACGGUUCUUUGGCAAGGGAGGCUUUGCAAAAUGCUAUGAAAUAAUUAACCAGUCCACCAUGAAAACGUACGCGGGCAAAAUCGUGUCGAAAAAAUUCAUGGCGAAACAAAAUCAAAAAGAGAAAAUGUCCCAGGAAAUCCAGAUCCACAUGUCGUUACGUCACCGGAACGUGGUCGGAUUCCACGGUUUUUUCGAGGACAGUCUCAACAUUUACAUCGUCCUCGAACUGUGCAAACGACGCUCGAUGAUGGAGCUCCACAAGCGCAGAAAGGCGAUCACCGAGCCGGAAACCAGGUUCUACAUAACUCAGAUCGUCGACGGGGUGCUAUAUUUGCACAACCACAGGAUCAUACACAGGGAUCUGAAGUUGGGCAACUUGUUUUUGAACGAUGAUCUUCACGUUAAAAUCGGCGAUUUCGGAUUGGCCGCUAAGAUCGAAUACGACGGCGAGAGAAAGAAGACGUUGUGUGGUACCCCGAAUUAUAUCGCGCCCGAGAUUUUAAAUAAAAAGGGACAUUCUUACGAGGUGGAUAUUUGGUCGGUCGGAUGUAUCAUGUACACGUUGCUGGUGGGAAAGCCGCCUUUCGAGACGAGUACUUUAAAAGAGACAUACGCUAAAAUAAAGAAGUGCGAUUAUAGCAUUACAUUCGAUAUAUCGCAACAAGCGAAACACAUGAUCAUGAUCAUGCUACAAGGAGAUCCAACCAAGAGGCCAAAAAUCAGUCAAUUAGCCAAACACGAAUUCCUUACGAAGGGUUACUGUCCAGCCUCGUUGCCGGUCAGUUGUCUCACAAUGCCUCCUCGGUUUGAUAAUUGCGACAUGUCGAUGAUCCGUAGUCCCGCGGGAAGGAAUAAUAGAGGACCCCUUAUUGAAAUUCAAGGUAAUGCCAAACGUGGGGUAUCGCCAAAGCAUGAUUCGAUUGCCGCUGGAUUUGCUGGUGUAAUGCAGGCCAACCAUUUCGGUUUUGAUGCCAAAGAGAACCUAUUAAGCCUCAAGAAUCUGCUUGCCAAGGUAAUCAAAAGCAAACCAACCCUACACAAAAAAGUAUCAGACGAAAUGACAGAUCCCGCUGCCCAACCGACGAUAUGGGUCUCGAAAUGGGUCGAUUAUUCAGAUAAAUACGGGUUCGGAUAUCAACUAUCUGACGAGAGUGUAGGCGUCAUGUUUAACGAUACAACUAGAUUAAUUUUGCUGGCGAAUGGAGUAAAUGUACAGUACGUAGAUAAAAACGGUAGCGAGGCCUACAUGACAAUAAACGAAUACCCUAAACCGGCGUACGAGAAGAAGAUAAAGUUGCUCUCGUAUUUUAACCGAUAUAUGAAGGAACACCUGAUCAACACCGGCGCGGACAUUAUGAAGGAACCGGACACGCUGUCGCGGACGCCACAUUUACACCAGUGGUGCAGGUCCACCUCGGGGGUGCUCAUGCAGUUAAAUUGUGGGAUUUUGCAGAUAAACUUCGGAGACCACACGAAAAUAAUAAUGUGCCCUCUGAUGGCAGCCAUCACAUACAUCGCCGAAGAUAAAUCGUUCCGCACGUUCCGCUUUAGUACCAUCGAAAAAUACGGUUGCGUUGCCGCACUUUACGAGAAAAUACGUUACGCCUACGAUAAAAUCACUUUACUUCUAGAAAACUAAUAAUGUAACAUAUUAAUUAAGUAUUAUUAUUUUCUUUAUUUUUAUUUUCGAUUAUUAUUAUAAAUAUAUAUUGUAAUACGUGUUCUGUUGCUUAUACCUGAUUUUUUUGUUCUUAUUUACAAUUUGUACUGUAACCCGAACGGAAAGAAACGCUUAUGUGUAGAUUAUAUUUUUUUUUACCAAAAUACUACUGCCUGCUAUUUUAAAACUAAACUGAUAUCGCCCGGUAAGUGUUAAACACUCAAGUGUUUCGAUGAAGUUAGAUUCUGAUGAAUCAGUCUGAUGAACCAAAUCUCAAUAAUUGUUGGAUAGGAAGCACAUUUAGUGCAAAUUAAGUUCGUCAUAUAUUUAAGUUGUAUACUGUAAGUUUUUUAAAUCUAAAUAUUUGUAAUAAAUUUCUAUUAUGUUUUAAAGUCA